UGCUGUUCUUGCUAUCACUGUAGUUUGUGAAGAGUAAUAUUGAUUCUCUAUGCGCUAAUUCCGUGUCGUCCGUCAGCGGUUCAGCGAUCGAGUUUCCCCGCGGUGCAGAACGCUCCUAAUUACCCCUGGUCUAUUUACGUCAAUCGCGAACUGUUAAACCACACUCUCCCGGUGGUUGCAUAUAUAUAGAGUACGCUUGGAGUUCCUGCGAUGAGUUUGAAGGGAAUACAGAAGAGCUUUGCACGAGCUCCUCAGACCUUCAAGGCCAGGUUCAACCUCGGCGAGAAUACAAAGGAUCCCGUAUAUAUAGACGCCGAGCGGAGGUUUCAAGAACUCGAGAAGGAGACAAAGAAACUGCACGAUGAGUCGAAAAAGUAUUUCGAGGCAAUUACUGGCAUGUUAAACCACCAGAUCGAGUUCUCCAAAGCUAUUGCCGAACUGUAUAAGCCUAUUUCCGGGCGAGCUUCCGAUCCGACUACGCUAGUACCCGAGGGGAACCCGGAGGGCAUCCAAGCUUGUGAGGAAUACGAGUCCAUCGUGAGGGAGCUAUUGACAACGUUGCAACCCGAGCUCGAGUUGAUCGAAUCUCGAAUCAUCAGUCCCGCCGACCAGCUGCUGGAGAUCAUCAAAGUUAUUCGGAAGGUUGCCGUGAAGCGACAGCAUAAACAGCUGGAUUAUGACCGUCAUCGCGCCUCAUUAAAAAAGCUCCAGGACAAGAAGGAUAAAUCGCUAAAAGAUGAAAAGGCGCUCUAUAGGGCAGAGAAUGAUGUCGAGCAGGCGACGCAAGAAUUCAAUUAUUACAACGACCUCUUGAAAGACGAGCUACCGAAGCUAUUUGCGUUGGAGGCGGAGUUUAUCAAGCCCCUUUUCCAGUCAUUUUAUUAUAUGCAGCUCAAUGUCUUUUACACACUUCAUGAGAAGAUGCAAGGGUUGAACAUUGGUUACUUCGACCUCACGUCGGAUGUGGAGGAGGCAUACGAGAGGAAACGGGGGGACGUCAAAGAGCGUACUGAGCAGUUAUCAAUAGUCCAUUUCAAGGCCACAGGCGGCCGACGGCCGGGCUCAAAAUUCACACCCGGCGGCGGAAAGGAUAAGCUAGCUGCGGAGUCAAAAACAUACCCUUCCCGACGAACCGCGAGCGGAUCAGAAAAUCCUCCUCCUCCAUACUCUGCGCAUACUACAUCCCCCCUAAUCGGAAGCUCCGCUUCGGGUACCUUUGGGAACGGCACCCUUGCUGCUGCGGCGAAAGCGAAGCCUGCUCCACCACCACCAAGGCCCAAGCCAGCUAAAUUCGCGGCCGCGCAAGUCGAGACUGUUACGGCGCUGUAUGACUAUGAAGCACAGGCAGUGGGAGACUUGAGUUUCAUCACAGGAGAUGUCAUUGAAAUUGUGUCAAGGACGAAUAACGAGAAUGAGUGGUGGACGGGAAGAAUAAACGGAAAGGUUGGACAAUUUCCUGGUAUGGCUUAA